CGCUCGAGCGGCUGUGUGCUUCGCGACUCGCGAGUGUCAUAAAUAGAAAAUUCGUAAAAAAAAACCAAAUGGUUAUCGUGUGAAACAAACUGUAUUUGUUUUCAUUUGUGUUUAUUUUUACAUGAACUGUUGAAUGGGAUUAUAUCAAGAAACCGGCGACGAUUAUUUCUAUGUAUACAGAUCCAUCACGCAAUGAGAAGACGGUCCUGACUCAGACAACCUAACUUAAGCUUCUACAGCAAAAUGUCUCACCACUUAGUGACCGUUUGCAUAUGCCUACUAUGCGCAGCGCACACAUGCGGGUCCCAUAUCGACCCUAAGAGUGACCUGCAGGCCUUCGAGCCUACCCUACAGGUGGACCAGGCGACAUUCAACCUUGCGAAGAGGAGAAUAGAGUCCAAAAUAAGGUACGAUCAGAGACUACAGAAAAUAAGACAGAAGCGCGACAUCAGAAGCGUCAAUCCUAAUGAAUACGUCGAGAAAAUCUUCCAAAUCUACGGAGACGAUGUAUCAAAAACGAUGAACCUCACCGGUUUUAAUAGGAUGCUAGAAAGAUUAGAGCUCCCAAAGUUAAUAGCGGGCGGCCAGCAAAAGAUCGAGAACAAGAAAUAUUUGUACGUUAAUGGUGAAACUAAAGAGGAAGUAGUCAAUUGCGUGAGCAGUGGUGAGCUAAUCGCAACAGUAAACACUAGGUUAAAACCACACGCCCAUAGCCACGAGGGUGGGAACCACGACCACGAAACGGAAAACCUCCUUUCAGAAGAUACACUCAAAGCUAUGUGUCCCAUACUAUUGUACCAAAAAGUUGCCCUCUCCUCUAUAGAAUUACAGGGAUGUAUUAUAGAGACGAGUCAAAUGGCAGCAACAAAUCAUAAAGAGGAAACAAAUAUGUAUGCGGUAUGGCUGUAUUCUUCUCUGAGUAUCACAGCGAUUAGCGCUUGUGGAUUACUCGGUGUAGCGGUUAUACCUAUAAUGCAUAAAACUUAUUAUAAUCAUUUACUACAGUUCUUAGUUGCUUUAGCUGUGGGGACUUUGUGCGGCGAUGCGUUGUUACACUUAAUGCCACACGCAAUGAGCCCGUCGCACGACCAUAUUGAAAAUGCUUUGGACGCUAAAGUAUCCCACGACGACGGAAUGUGGAAAGGACUGGCAGCCAUGUUAGGCGUUGUAUUCUUCUACUUCACCGAAAAAGGUCUAACAGUUGUAGUUGAAUGGAGGAAGCGUCGCCAAAAACUGGAAGACGAUAAACUACCGUCAAGAGUAAGAGUUUUAAAAGAUGAGACAGUUGGAGGUUGCUCCGGCGGCGCGAAAGCUCCUGUAACCAACACAACAUCGCACUCUCUUAUGAAGAUUUUCAAAAGGGACGACAAGGGUGAUUCAACAACUAAAACGUGUAAGCAUAAAUAUUCAGAGUACCCUUAUUGCUAUGAUGAAAUCGAUACAGACACUCACGAUGAACAUCAUUUGAGAGACGGUGUGCCACCGAGUCCGAAAGCUAACAGCAAGCAUAAUAACUCAGUCAGUGUCGUCUCGUCAAACGCACUGAACCCAGAAGGUAAAGAGAAUGAACCGACAGCGAAAGAUUGGCUACUCAAAGCUGAAUCAACUCCGGCGGUGGUUGAAAUGAAUAAUAUCAAGCAUAAAGAAGAUGGCACAAAAGAUUUGAAGGAUGGUGAUAGCUACACGGUUAUACUUCGCGAGCAUUCCCGCGCCCACCACGGUCACUCGCACGCACACGGCCACGUGCACGCUCCGCCAUCGUCUAUGUCGUCUGUCGCGUGGAUGGUCAUCAUGGGCGACGGUCUGCACAAUUUCACCGACGGCAUGGCGAUUGGUGCGGCCUUUGCAUCGAACAUCGCUGGUGGAUUUUCAACAGCUAUUGCCGUUUUGUGUCACGAGCUGCCUCAUGAGUUAGGUGAUUUUGCGGUGCUCCUAAAAGCGGGCAUGUCGGUGAAGCGAGCGGUGUGCUACAACGUCCUGUCGUCCGCGCUCUGCCUCGCCGGUAUGAUAUGCGGCGUGCUGGCGGGCCACGCUCCCAACGCCACUCGUUGGCUGUUCGCGGUAGCCGCCGGAAUGUUCCUGUACAUCGCUCUCGUUGACAUGAUGCCAGAACUCAGCACGUCACACAGCAACGAAGGUACGCUCUGCCAAUGCAUACUGCAGUUGAUGGGCUUGGCAACUGGCAUUGGCAUAAUGUUGGUCAUAGCUCUCUACGAAGAAGACUUGAAGAGUUUGUUUGGUUGAAGAAUAAAAAUUAAAAAGACUUGUUAACUGUCCCGGUGUAAGACCAUUUGUUGAUUAUAUCACAAGGAGGUCGGGCAUAAAAUGUGACAACGACGAAGUAGUAAAGGUAUGGUUAAACUUGAAUUAUCUCUGGUGCAAAUGCAAUACCUCUAGUAUUGAAGAGGUAUAGUAACAUAAACCUUGGGUCUAUAUUUCUGUUAUUGUCACUGCAGUAACCAGAAAUUUCUAAGUUGACUGCCCCCCCCAGAUUGAACCGUACCUCCCAAACAGUUGUGAACCGUCAAAAGUGAACUGAAGUGACAUAAUCAACAACCGGAUCUACAGAAGUGGCUCAGUACACGUUAAGUGAUAAUCAAAACCAAGUGUAUAAGUGAAGAAGUGUAUUAAGUGUUUAAGGUGGAAAAGUUAACGAGUCAUAUUGACUCGCGGAGACGAACUAUAUAGAAAUGUGAUGUACUUAGGUAAGGCUCAAAAAUUAUUUUUCAUAAAUAUUUAGUUGGGAGUUUUGAGUUUAAGUUUUUGAGCAUAAUUCUACUAGAGUUGGCACUAAACAUAAUGCAUGAGGAAUUAGAAUUUAUUUUUAAGUAUAUACUUACUACAUUGUACAAGUAUAUACAUACUUUAUAAGCACUAUUGAAUCGUCACGUUUGUCUGUUCUAUGGAUGAUAGAGAAUUUGACAUUUGAAAUACUUGAAAACUUUUUUAACCGAAUACAAAAUUUUGAUAUAUAACGCUAACUCAAGUGAAUGAGUAUAUAACAAAAACUUAAAGUCAAAACUGUGAGGUACUAUGAUAAUAUGUACCGCUGAUAAUAAUUUUAUAGUCUCAGACAAGGUUCGGACAUUUUAAUAAUAUCGCUAUUACCAUUAUUCUCUUAUCAUCGUCUUGGUUUACAGCUUGGACCCACCAUGUUGCUGUAAUAACGGGUUUGUUCGCUUGAAACUAUUACUAUCACACUCUAACGAUGUUUAAUAUAUUGUCUGAACCUUGCAAUAAGCGAAAAAUAAAUGUAUUGAAAUACUUAUAAAAUAUUAUAAAAUGUCUUUGUAGUAUAGGAAUUGUCUAAAAAAUGCUUUUAUUUUGUUUUAAUGGAAUUUAUUGGGUUUGAUAAUACUACAUAUUACAGCUGCCUCAUUCAAAGUCAAAGUCAAGUAUUUCUUUAUCCAAAUAGACACAUAGAUGGCAC